AUGUCUCAAGGCGAGGACUCCUUCCAAGAUGAAUGGCGUUCAAGUCCAGAUUACUUUCCCGAGAGACAGCCUGCUCCUCACGGACUCCAAGAUCCCACGCCACCAGCGUUACUGGGCUCGACAAGCAGCAGCAGUACAGGGACUAGUGACACCCACUCCACCUUGAUACCGAGUUGGAGUAAUUUGACCUCAAUCGAUCGGCUCCCAGGACCCUUAUCUAGCUCUUCGCUCCAACACGGCUAUAUUCCACGAACCCUCACACUUCCAACACCAGUGUGGCAUCCUAGAAAUUCAUUCUAUCUCGGACCUGCUCCGCCGCUGGCGAGGUCUGCCACAGAUACCACGAGAGAGUCUGACCUCAUUGCUUCUUACCAAACGCAUGAAAUAUUAUCGCAGCACAACAGGCUCGGUAUAGCAAGCAAUUUGAGACAGUUGCCAGAUGGAACAGCAACGCUUGCGUCAGACAGCUUAGGAAGAAGCCUUGUCGUCAGUGUUGCAGAGAUCGUAGAGGCAUCGUCGGGCCAGCAAGGAGCCUCAACAUCAAAGCCCGAGACGAUUGCUCCACUUCCAUUCGCCCCAGUGUCAGUGGCUCGAGAAAAUGUGGGCGGCAGCACAAUCGCACAGCUACAUCCAUUGGUCGAAAGCGACCAAGGGAAAGGGAAAUACAGAAGAGUAGACGCUAAAUAUGGUGAUCUUGGCCAGUCGUCAAAGACCCCCGCAAACAUCAAAAAGAAAAGGAAGCCCCAACCAAUGCGACUGGUCCCGAGAACUCCGAAGGCAAGUCAUCGGCCUGGUCGGAAAUACGAAAUGCAAUGGCGCCUUGGUCAGGCUCCGACGGCUGGCAUUAAAGACUCGAAAGAGCAGUCAAACUUUGAACGAGUGCUUACUGCUAUUUCAAGCUUUUACCAGGGUAACACGGGUGGUGUUUGGAAGAGGGUCAUGCUUCAGAAUGCUGCCGAGUUCGAUGGAAAUGGCCUCACAGAGGCUAUAGCAACCUCCACCAUCGUAGCCGCAGGCCUCGUCGCCGCAGGUCAGUCCGAGAGUGCAAACCAAGUUCUGACUCGAUCUUUACCGCUGUCUAGACUCUGGUUACUUAGCCAGCACCCACAGCUCUGCUUUUAUCUCACCGAGAUCAGCACGAAUACUUCGAACACAGUGGCUUCAAGCCUUAAUUCAUCGUUCAGCAGAUACCUAGCGCCGCUUGCCACCCACAUUCUAGGGGAGCGCCACCCUAUAUCCAUUCUCCUGGGCACGCCCUUGACGGUCGAACAGAAGGUGAGAAUGAGGUGGGAGGGGCAGAGACUGAUUCAUCAGGAGCAUGUCCGAGCUUUUGGGACCUACUCAUAUCAGACCAUGCUGCACCUUUGGUUUUGGGGUCGAGUUACAGCUGCGGUAGGCGACAUUGCAGAAGCUGUGCGGAUGUUCGAAAGCUUGAUCCAGACUUGGGAGCAGGUCUACUCAGCCAAUUCAGCUGUGGCAAUUGGUGCCAUCGUCGAGCAGGCCAGAGUGAUGCUCGCGUCUGGAGACGCCAGCGUAAAGGUUGAAUGUCUCCUUGCCGACGCCCUGCGGAGGAAUGACGUGCUUACCUCGGGUCAAGCACUGCAGCCGCAGUUCAUGGACACGGCCGAGUCGAGGCUCCGCGAGAGUAGCCUCAUCUUUUCUCGGCUGGCGGCGUUCCGGUGCUUAGGACGUUUGCACAUCAUGAGAAACAAUCUCGGCAACGCAAUAUGCUGUCUGCAGCAAGCGCUGGAUAUAGCCGAGUUGAACUUGUCGGAAGAAUCUUCAGUGAGGAAGAUGUGCCAGACUGAUCUGGCAGCUGUGAAAAUGAUACACCUGGAGCAAGCGAUGGGGGGCAUGACACUGACGGACCCCAUGAGCAGACUUCCUCCCAUCACGAGCAUAGUUCCUUGGGCCCCAGUGGAAAUGACGGGGACAAAAAUGCCAUGA